UCUUAUUUUGUGUCUUUCCCCCUUUUUCAAUCUAUAUUUCUGAUAUAUUAUGCAAACCUUUUUUCAAUCUAUAUUUCUGUCUUUCACCUUAGAACACCCCUUGUCUCUCUCUCACUCUCACUCUCUCUCACACACACACAGAGAGAGAGAGAAAACAAUAUUGAUUGUCCAACGACCAACUUAACAUUUCUGUACUGUGCAUUGUGUUUGUUGUUUAUUUGUCACUUCCCAUGGUGCCAUACUACUUCCUGCACAGCUCGCCAGCCCUGCUGACCCCGUGAGAUUAACAGCUGACCUCCCUAUGUGCGCAGAGGGGGGAGUGUGGGACAGCCCCCUCUGGUCCACAGCUGGACAGCAGGCAUCCUGCCAGUUCGCCUUGACAUCACUGGGAGAGAAACCACAGCACCAGCUUUACCACAAAAAGCCAUCCCGCUUGUAUUUGUUUUUGAUAGCUGCUUGUUCUCUCUCCAGUGGAAGAUGAUCCCAAACUGAGAACAACUACUGGCAUCUCUAUUCAGGAAUAAGAAAUCAACUUUCUGGGCCCUCAGUAGUUCAACUGCCACACAGAGCACAGGAAUCUACAGUAGUCUCGCUGAUGGCUUUCACCAUGAUGUGCAGCAGGGUGACAUUACACGAGCCCCAUAACGGUGACUACAGGAGUCCUACGAGAAUUGACCCCCGCCGGAACUCAAUUCCACCAGCACAGACUCUCACAGCCAAACACCUCCCUAGACCACCCCCAGAAUCAACAUGCUUCACCCCAUAUCCAAAGAGGGUUGCAGCAAAAACCAACAUGGCUUUGACAAUGCUCCACUCCACAAGGAUCUCUCUCAUCCCCAACUCAAAUAACAACAACUAUGACAACUUCCCAGGUCUCUCACCUCAGCCAGCCUCCUCUGCAUCCCCCCAGCCACAGCCCCAGAGCCCAGGCCCCCAUCAGGUUGUUGCAGGAUUGAUCAGCCAGGAGGUAGACACCUGCCAGUACAUCAUCCCAACUGAGGAGCCAGCCACUUCUCACUGCGGACGCCACCUCAAGCGUUUCAGCUCCAGGUGGUACUCAGGUGCUCCCUUUGGUGGCCCCUUUGGUAGCACCCGUAGCUCCGCCCAUGGCACAAGUGGUGAGAACAAGCCACGCUGCAAACUCCUAGGUGACGAGAGGCCAAGUUAUGGCACAGCCAACAAGCAGCGGCAGCGCUACGUCACCAAAGACGGGAAGUGUCGGGUCAACCUGGGCCCUAUCGAGGACAAGAGCCGUUUCCUCUUGGACAUCUUCACCACUCUGGUGGACUUGAAGUACCGUUGGUUCCUCUUUGUCUUCACCAUGUGCUACGUUGUCACAUGGGUGGCCUUUGCCGAGAUCUACUUCCUAGAUGCCUGGCUGCGGGAUGACGUGGCCCACGUCCACGACCCUCAAUGGCAGCCUUGCUUCGAGAAUGUGGACAGUUUCAUCUCUGCCCUGCUUCUGUCGGUGGAGAGCCAGAGGACCAUUGGCUAUGGCUCCAGAUUGGUGACGGCCAACUGCAUGGAGGGUGUGGUUCUCCUCAUGGCCCAGUCGAUCAUUGGCUCCAUCAUCGAUGCCCUCAUGGUUGGCUGCAUGUUCGUCAAGAUCUCCCGGCCUCAGAAAAGGGCCCAGACUCUGAUCUUCAGCAAGCACUGUGUCAUAUCGGAGCGUGACGAGAAACUCUGCCUCCUCUUCCGCAUCGGAGACCUGAGGGCGAGUCACAUGGUGGACGCCAAGAUACGAGCCAAGUUGAUAAAGUCUAGACAGACCAAGGAAGGGGAGUUCAUACCACUGGAGCAGUCGGAGAUAAACCUGGGCUACGAUACCGGAGGAGACAGGCUCCUGUUGGUCGAGCCACAGACCAUCACCCAUGUCAUCAACGAGAGCAGCCCCUUCUGGGAAAUAGGGGCUGAGCGUCUGACAAGGGAGAGAUUUGAGAUCAUCAUCAUUCUGGAGGGAAUUGUGGAGGCGUCAGGUAUGAUAUGCCAAGCCAGAACCUCCUACACUGAGGACGAGAUUCUGUGGGGCCACCGAUUUGAAUCCUGCAUGUCUCUGGAAAAGGGGUCUUAUCGGGUGGACCGUGGUGCAUUUGACAAAACCUUCACAGUACAAACCCCCACCCUUAGUGCUAAAGAGAAGAGUGAUGAAAAAGAAGAGGUUCUCUUUUAGAUAAUAGAACUGUACUAUUCACACUGAGCAAACAGCCCUUGUAUUAAAAUAAUUUAAAGGCCAAGACUUCUUGUGAAUGCCCUUCGUUCCCUCCCCUCCCUGAGACAAACGUUCCUGUUGUCUCUAAUAUUGUGGACAAUCAUUCUUCAAAAGAGUAAAACUUAUACUUUAGCAUGAUAAUCUUCACCCUCAACCAGAAUUUGAACUGUGUUGACAGGGACGGCAUUCAUGUGGGUGAUUUACACAGAAGUGUAGUAAUGAGUAUGCAGCCAUGACUCCAUGCUUUGUUAGAUUACAAUACUGUUUGUGUCUAGUUUAUAGUUCAUAAUGGAUAGUUGUAGUUCAUUAUGGAUACAUUUGUUAACUGCUACCUCCCAAAUCAUAGAAAUAUGGAGCCAAUCAUUAUAGGUGUUGAAACUGCUUCCCUCUUGUUUUUGUCAGGAUUUUUGUUGUUUUGAAGGUUAAAUCUGUUGUCUGUUUUGAAUCACAAUGUCACAUGUAUUUCAUAGUGAUUGUGAAUUCAUGAUGAUGCAGUGAUAAGGCCAUAAUGAUUCAAACUGUGAUACAUUUGAAUGAUGUCAGUGUUGUUCAACUGUUAUGUUUAUUCUGUCCCUGAUGUAAAUGUAUUACACAUAUCAGUCCUCUACAGUGCCUUGAAAAGUGUCCUCAACCAGAGUUUUCUAAUAUGGUUGCCUUUUGACAUAUUAAACUUGGAUUUUAUUCUUCUGA